UGAUUCCUAAGAACUCAUAUGAAAUGAGCAGAUGAGAUAGAAACAUGGCAUUAUUGAUUAUACUGAUUACCUGCUUUGUGAUUUUUCUUGUUACUUCCCAGCCUUGCCAGACCCCUGAUGACUUUGUGGCUGCCACUUCUCCGGGACAUAUCAUGAUUGGAGGUUUGUUUGCCAUUCAUGAAAAAAUGCUAUCCUCAGAAGACUAUCCCAGACGACCAGAAAUCCAGAAGUGUGUUGGCUUUGACAUAUCAAUCUUUCUUCAUACUCUUGCCAUGAUACACAGCAUUGAGAUGAUCAAUAAUUCAACACUAUUAUCUGGAGUCAAACUGGGCUACGAAAUCUACGACACUUGUACAGAUGUCACAGUGGCAAUGGCAGCUACUCUGAGGUUUCUUUCUAAGUUCAACUGCUCCAGAGAAAUCGUGGAGUUAAAGUGUGACUAUUCCGGCUACAUGCCAAGGGUUAAGGCUGUCAUAGGUGCUGGCUACUCAGAAAUAACCAUGGCUGUCUCCAGGAUGUUGAAUUUACAGCUCAUGCCACAGGUGAGUUAUGAAUCAACUGCAGAAAUUCUAAGUGACAAAAUUCGCUUUCCUUCAUUUUUACGGACUGUGCCCAGUGACUUCUAUCAAACUAAAGCAAUGGUCCACCUGAUUCAGAAAUCUGGAUGGAACUGGAUUGGCAUCAUAACCACAGACGAUGACUAUGGACGACUGGCUCUCAACACUUUUGCAAUUCAGACCUUGGCAAACAACGUGUGCAUAGCUUUCAAAGAAGUUCUCCCGGCCUUCCUCUCAGAUGAUACCAUCGAAGUCAGGAUCAAUCAGACACUUGAGAAAAUCAUAGCAGAAGCCCAGGUUAACGUCAUUGUGGUAUUUCUGAGGCAAUUCCAUGUGUUCAAUCUCUUCAAUAGAGCCAUUCAAAGGAAUAUAAAUAAGACCUGGAUUGCUAGUGAUAUUUGGUCAACUGCCACCAAGAUUACCACCAUUCCUAACAUUAAAAGGAUUGGCCAAGUUGUGGGGUUUACCUUUAGAAGAGGGAAUAUGUCCUCUUUCCAUGCCUUUCUUCAAAGUCUGCCUGUAUUUCCCAGUGAUAAUAACAAGCCCUUAAAUGAAUAUGCCACGCUCUUGUCUGCCUGUGCAUAUGUCAAAGACAGUGAUUUGAGUCAAUGCAUUUCCAACCAUUCGCAGGGGACUUUGGCCUACAAGGCUAACGAGGAUAUAGAAAGGAACUUCUCUCUGAGGAAUGACUUUCUGUGGGAUUACACUGAGCCCGGAUUUGUUCACAGUAUUCAGCUCGCAGUGUUUGCCCUUGGCUAUGCCAUUCGGGAUCUGUGCCAAGCUCGAGACUGUCAGAACUCCAAUGCCUUUCAGCCAUGGGAGUUACUUGAUGUCCUGAAAAAUGUGACAUUCACUGAUGGAGGGAAUUCAUUUCAUUUUGAUGACCAUGGGGAUAUGAAUACUGGAUAUGACGUGGUGCUCUGGAAGGAGAUCAGUGGCCACAUGACUAUCACCAAGCUGGCACAAUAUGACCUGAAGAGUGAUGUCUUCAUUGUCGCAGACCAAGAAACAAAAAACGAGUUCAGGAAUCUCAAGCAAGUUCAAUCUAAAUGCUCCAAGGAAUGCAGGCCUGGGCAAAUGAAGAAAACUACAAGAAGUCAACAUAUCUGCUGCUAUGAAUGUGUGAACUGUCCUGAAAAUCACUACAGUAACCAGACAGGUAAUUACAGUCACUACGACAUGUACAGUGAUACACCUGAACCAUUCCUUUUAGGCUGA